UUAUUGAAAAAUCCAAAAUUAAGACAAUUUUAAGUCCAAAUUACAUUUCUCUCCCAUAAACUGCAAAACCGCAAAAAGCCCCUAUGAUUUAGAUAUCGACCAGCAAGUACAGAAUACAGAUUCUCGUAUAAUUGGCAUGGCGAGGGAUAGUUGCCUGGCUCGUGUGACCGCCGGCGUCGCUGUCGGAGGUGCUGUUGGUGGCGCUGUCGGGGCUGUAUAUGGGACAUAUGAGGCAAUCAGGUAUAAGGUGCCAGGACUUUUGAAGAUCAGGCAUAUUGGACAAACAACACUAGGCAGUGCUGCCAUUUUUGGUCUUUUCUUGGGUGCUGGAAGCUUGAUACACUGCGGGAAGUCAUACUGAGCGAUAUUUGGUGCGUUAGCCAAGUUAAUUAUCUGUUAAGGAGUAUCUGCUUCAAUUGCCUUGAACAGCAUAGAUACAUCCUGCCAUGACUAGUUGUUUGUUCGAAAGCAAAAUUUGAUACUUUGAUGGUUUUGGUGAUCUCAGGAACAAUUGAAAGACAUUUAGCCUUCUUGCUUCUGAUAUUUUAUUGAUAAUGUGGCUUUGACAAUUGUCAGACAUUUAUGUGAUUAUGAGCUUAUUUUUCUUCUCA